AAAAGGGCCUUGCGUUGGGUGAUAGACAACUUCUUUGAAAGGAACGAUGAGAUGAAGUCGGAUCCCUUCUCAAGCGGCGGCUGCGAAUGGUGUCUUACGGUUUAUCCAAAGGGAUAUCUUGGUCGUGAUGACUUGACUCUGUUCCUGCGAGAUCCGGAUGCUAAAUCAUUGAGACCUGGAUGGAAAAGGAGACUUUGGUACUGCUUCCUGUUGUUGAAUCAAUCCGGCCAAGAGCACCUGGUAAUGAACUUUGACAAAGGUAGAUGCAAAUUGUUCUGCGCCGAUGUCCCAGGCUGGGGUAAUGGCACGGAGUUGACUCUUACCAAUCUCCAAGAAAAAGGGUUUCUGGAGAAGAAUCAAUUAAUAAUUGAAGUUUACAUCAACGUACUUGAAGUUGUUCUUCAAGGAAAACCAACUGAUAAUGAUAUGUUAGAUUACCAUGGUGUCCAGAUCAUUGCUUCUCAAUGUUAUUCAGUGGACAAGAUUCUCAAAGAGCACCCAGAAUUUACAUUAGAUCUCGAACGAAAGAACCAAGGGGUGCAAUUACCUCACUUUAAGCUACUCAUCGGCCUCAUCCAGACACUGAUCAUCAAGUCUCCACAAAGCUUGUCUUUGAUUGAAUUAAACAAUGCUCAAAGCAAAUUGUCUGAGCUGACGGAAGCAGGCUUAAACCUCGAAUGGUUAAGGUCCAAGCUUGAGGAGAUUUCCUUGGAGAGUAAGAAAGCACUUUCUGAUGGAUCUAGGGUCCAACAACUCGAGGAACGGGUCAAGAAUGUGGAAUUGGCCAUGUCGGAUCUCAAAGUUGAACUGGAGAAGCACAAGAUCAAUUCUGCUUCUGCUGCUGCUAUAUUUCCUUCAUUUGAGUUCAUAGAUUUUCUUAUAAAGAGAUUCUUUCUCUCUUGCUUCUCAAUAUCAAGGCACUAA